UAGCUGCAGCCAGACUCCCGGUUCAGCCAGAGCCGCACUUGAAGCGGACAGAAACUAGAAAAAUAUGCGGAUAAACGGAGUUUUACUAUAAAACACGGACACUAUCAUGAAAUUUUAUCGGCUGGCAGUUGUGCUGGGAUCUUUAGUGUGUGUGUGUGAUGGCGUGCAUGUCAUAGUGCGUGAGAAGCAGCGGAUCAGGAUCCUCUUCCAGUCUGUGGUCCUGCCCUGCGAGUACCAGACCCACUCCAGGCAAACCCCGAUGGUGCAGUGGUGGUACAAGUCGUACUGCCGGGACCGCACGCGCGACGCCUUCACCCUGCCGGAAAAGCUGGGCGUGAAGACCUCGGAGCUGGGAGCCACGGCCCACCUGGACUGCUCCGACAGCAGCCGCACCAUCCGGCCCGUGGCUUCGACGCAGGGAACCUCGGUGACACUGGGAGCGCAGUACAAAGGCCGAGACAUUUCCAUCGAGAACAAAGCUGACCUGCGUAUCGGGGAGCUGCAGUGGGGCGACAGCGGCGUGUAUUUCUGCAAAGUUACCAUUGCUGACGACGUGGAGGGGACCAACGAGGACAAAAUCGAGUUACUAGUGCUUGGCAGGACAGGUGAGCAGGACGACCUUCUGCCUGAGUUUGAGCUGCAGAUUAUGCCAGAAUGGGCGUUUGUGGGAUCCGUAGUCCUGGGCAGUGUUCUGUUCCUGCUGCUGUUGGGGAUCUGCUGGUGCCAGUGUUGUCCUCACUCGUGCUGCUGCUACGUCCGCUGCUGCUGCUGUCCGGAUACAUGCUGCUGUCCACGACACCUUUAUGAGGCGGGGAAGAUGGCCAAGAGUCGACAGGCUGCUCAGGUUCCCGUGUAUCCAUACUACAUUCCUGCUGUACCGACUGUGGUCCCACUUGCUCCUUCAUCCCACCUGGACCCAAAGAUCUCUACGCUCACCUCGACUGAAAAUAAUCUGGCAGGAGUGCGCAGUGGUUACCGACUGACCACGAGCCCAGACCAGAACUUAGUGAAAGUUCUGUACUACAUAGAGAAGGAGAUGGCUCAGUUUCCAUCCAGCAAGAUGGCUGCACUCAAAUCCAGCAGUUUGUCAGAGCUGAGCUCACUUCACGACGGAGGAAUCACCGACUUCCGGAACAACUAUCAGGCYGUCCAGAUGAAGGCGCUCCCACCUAUCGCAGACCAGGACACCCUGAGAGCCGGCCCACGCUCUGYGAGUCGAAGGGCCAGGCAAGACAAAGACAAUUACUCCGACGAUGAACUGGAACGCAGGUGGAAUCCCCGCUCAGAACACCUGCAGAGGAAGACAUUGAGCAGAAGAGGGCGCACCGGCUCCCUGGAUGAGCUGGAGGAGUUCGCCCAGUCUUACAGCUCUCGCGCCCGCCGAGCCGAGCCCCCGGACCGGUCCUAUGAGCGGGACUACAGCCCUCCCAGGCGCUUUUACCGGGACAAAGAGAACAGCUGGGACCGCCGCAGCCCCUCGCCUCUGCAAAAGAGAAGGGACACGUGGGACAGUGACCGACCUUCUCGACAUGCCCUGAGCAAAAGUUACGACGACGGCUUCCUCACGGGUGUGUUGGAGAGGAAGAUGAGAGGGCGAGGAGGGGACAGGGGGGCUGGGAGACCAGACGAGGACAGUGACACUCCUUCUAAGGGCAGCUCCAGAGGAAAGGGCAGUGAUAGUUACUACAGCCGGUCACCUUGCAACCGACCAGAAGAGGACGACCCAUUGCCUCCGUACUCUGAGCGGGAAGCGGAGCGACACCGCAGGACUGAGCUGGCCACAAACCGGUACCGCACCGCUGAUCCUCCCAGAUCAGAGAGAAGCAGGACCACUGAGUCGUCCAUGCGGCCUUUCUCUUACACCCGUCCCCCCCAGGGAGCGUUCCAGACGCUACAAGGGGACAGAGAGGAGCGGGACAGGAGCCGAAACCUGAGCACCACGCUGAGCAGGGAUUCUCUCAUUGUGUGACGAGGCCUUCGAGCCUCGACUCGCACGGCGCUGCAGCUGCACACGAGAUGCUAACAGACCCACCGUCCGUUGCACGAAGCCCGGCUCGCCUCACUGAAAUAACCUCACUGAGAAAUAACCUGUGCACAGAGCGACGUGCACGGUUUGCUCUGGUUUGUCUAUGAGUUAUACRUCUGGAGUCGUGCAUAUCUUACAGAUGAUGUGUUUUGUCUUGUWUUGUUGAACUUGACAGUGCCAAUAAGUUUUUUUUUUACUAUUAUUAAUAUUUGCCAAUGUCAAAAUAGUUUAGUGCAACAGUUAGCAGCCUACAGUUUUAAUCAAUCCUCUGCAACUCAGGUUUACAGUUUUUUAUAUAUAUUUUUCAUUUUGUGACUGUAAGGACUGCACCUUGUUGCAGAUUGUUGAACUGCUUAGAUACUUUUUAAUAAAAUAAAUUUCUCUGAAAGCCUC